AUGAGGUCCAGAAUUGACGAAAUUCGAGGCCACAUCGGACAGAACGAUGUCGUUCUUGUUGCGGUCACGAAAGGACGCACCGUUGAUGAAAUUCUACAGGCCUAUUCAUAUGGAAUAAGGGAUUUUGGCGAAUCUUAUGUGGGUCAAUUUCCAUUAAUCAUGUCUGCCCUAGAAAAGUCGGGUGUCGCGCCUGAAUAUGACGCCAUCAAUAGCAUGACGUGCUUUAUUGAAGAAAAUGCGCCCAACCUAGUUCUCAAGGGCUUUAUGUGCAUUGACGAAAAAUCGCCGCACAUACAGGUCGAUUGCGCGAGCUGCUCAUUUUCCAAAAUGAACGCCAUCGGUAAACGGUUUCGGGGCUUUCCUCAAUUAAGCAUGGGGAUGACCGAUGACUAUAAACACGCCCUGAAACAUGGAGCUACCAUCAUUCGGGUCGGAUCAGCCAUAUUUGGGACCUUAAAAAAGUAG